CAGCAGCCAAGGCAAUCCAAUCACCUCACAGCCCGAGAAUGGCGGAGACUCCAGACAUGAAAAACUUGGAUGAGCAACAAAAUUAUGCCCUGGCGAACAAUAGCGACCCUAAAAAUGUACAGGAGCUGACCACAUACGUGCAAACUUUGUUGCAGCAGAUGCAGGAUAGAUUCCAAACCAUGUCUGACCAGAUUAUCACGAGAAUAGAUGAAAUGGGCAACCGCAUUGAUGAUCUUGAGAAGAACAUUGCUGAUUUGAUGACACAGGCAGGCGUGGAGGGUCCUGACAAAUAAAUUUCACAAAAAAUAUUUUACGCUUAUUGUUCACCACCAGCCAAACUUCUCAAGCACCUAAGUCAAUUUGCAAUAAUUCACUUUUGUCUUUUCUGUGUUUCAUAUUAUCUUAAAUUAUUUUAUGAUUUAAUUGUAGGUAAAUCUUUCACUAUCUGCUUCUUUUUUGAUAAAUAAAACUGCAUUUCUAUCAGUAUAAAAUAUUUGUCAAAUUGAAUAA